GGAUAGGAAAUGCGACACCAGGGCCUGUAUUCGCCUCGCUAGCGCCCAGCGGUAUAAUUUUGAACAAGAAAACUAAAAGCGGGGGCUGAAAAUAAAAAGAAACGCUGUAAUUACCUGUGCAAGAUUUACAUUUUAAAAGUCGUUUCCCCCUUCAGAAACCGAUCGAGAUGAGUGGAAUUCCAGGCACCGCCGUGAUUCAGAUCACCAAUUUGUCGUCGGCAGUGAGCAGCGAGCAGAUGCGGACUCUCUUCGGCUUUCUCGGGGAUAUCGAGGAGCUGCGGCUCUACCCGCCGGACAAUGCUCCACUCCCCUUUUCGUCCAAAGUAUGUUAUAUAAAAUAUCGAGAACCUUCCAGUGUUGGGGUGGCACAACAUUUAACCAACACAGUAUUUAUUGACAGAGCUUUGAUAGUUGUGCCCUGCGCUGAAGGUAAAAUCCCAGAGGAGGCCAAGGCUUUGUCACUUUUGGCUCCUGCCACCCCCGUUGCCAGUCUGAUGCCUGGAGGGGGACUCUUGCCCAUCCCCACCCCAACGCCGCUCCAGAAUCUGGGUAUCCCAAUUGGCAAUCUGGGAGCGUUGCAGGCUGGCCUCGAUCCCUCUGUCACAGGCCUGGGAGGAAUUUCGACACAGCCCCCUUUGAUGGGAAAUGUGGACCCCUCUAAAAUUGAUGAAAUCAGAAGGACUGUCUAUGUUGGCAACUUGAACUCGCAGACGACCACGGCGGAGCAGCUGCUGGAGUACUUCAAGCAGGUGGGGGAUGUCAAGUUCGUGCGGAUGGCAGGGGACGAAACCCAGCCCACGCGCUUCGCCUUUGUGGAGUUCGCCGACCAGGAGUCCGUGUCCAGGGCCCUGACCUUCAACGGAGUCAUGUUCGGAGACAGACCACUGAAGAUUAACCAUUCCAACAACGCCAUUGUGAAGCCACCGGAGCUUACCCCCCAGGCUGCGGCCAAAGAGCUCGAGGACGUGAUGAAGCGGGUGCGGGAGGCCCAGUCCACCAUCGCCGCCGCCAUCGAGCCAGAGGAGACGAGGAAGAAGCGCUCCAUGAGCAGCUCCAGAAGGGGUCGGAGAUCCCGCUCCCGGUCCCGCUCCCGGUCGCGACGGAAACGCUCGCACUCCAGGCACAGGAGCAGGGGCUCUCAGAGGUCACGGCAGAAGGUCAGCGAUUCGCACGGCUCUCGGAGCUCGCAUAAGAAGCGCUCGCGCUCCCGGGACAGGAGGCAUUCCCGCAGCCGCUCCAGAUCCAGGGACAGGCGAAAAGAGAAGGAUGGGAAGUGGAGGGGAAAGGAGGCCGCCUCCCGAGAGAAGGACGAGAGGCGGCAGAGGGACAAGAAGGGACGAACGCCACCGAAAAGCUACAGCGCAUCCCGGAGAUCCCGCAGCACCAGCAGAGGACAUAAAAAGAAGAGCAGGAGUCGGUCCAGGACUCCGAGAAGGAAAGCGAGAUCUCCGUCACCAAGGAGAGGGAAGAAAGACAAGAAGAGGGACAAAGCUCGGGACAGCAGCCGGGACAGAGCCGAGAGGGAGCGCUCGACAUCCAAGAAGACCAGCAGAGACAAGGACAAGCACGAGCGAAAGGUCAAAGCUGUGAAGGUGGAAAGGGAUUACGACAAGGAGGAGAAGGAGUACGAGAGCGACAGGGAGGACUCGCCCGCUGCGGGCGAGGGGCCCGAGCCGCCGGCGCAGCACAACGGCAACUACAGCAAGCACGGGGAUGAGGCUGGAGCCAGCGCGGAGACGGCGGAGUGACCCGGCCGUCCCUGUCCCCGAGAGAGAGAGACAGACGUCCCCACGAGAAACGCCCCCGGCGUCACACGGCACGUUCCGAUCUGUACAGCUGACAUUGACGAAAAAAAAAAAAAACAAAGACCGAGAGGAAAAGAAGGAGCGGCUUUAGAAUAGCUUUUGUACUACUGUGAAUCGGCGAAUCAUCAUAUGAUAUUCAUAUGGGAAAUGGACUUAAGCGCCUGCACAGAUUUUAUGUCGGCGGAUAGAACGUGUGUUAUGGUUAUCUGAAUACGACCUAUACUGACUACUCAAAAAAAAAAAAAAUACAUGCUUGUACUGCUUGUACUGCCAUUUUGUUUUUUUUUUGUUUGUUUUUGUGUUUUUGGUAUGUGUGCUACUUUUUAUUCACAUAAUCCUUUGUGUUUUUUCUAUUUGCCGUUUUGCAGUGCCGAGACUGCCCGUCUUUGUUUCUGUCGUUUUUACGCUCUUCCGUUUAUUCAACGCUUCUCCCUUAACGUGGGCGCUGACGUCAGGAUCCGAAAUUGGGCCGGUUCAGUCUUUGCGUUGGGGGGAAUAAGGAAGAGCUACACCUGGGGAAGAGUUUUAGCGUAGCGCAUGUUUUGUGAGGGACACCACCUAAAGCUGUGCUCGAUCUCUGUAUUGGAGAGAGAUGCCUUCUGCUCCGUUUUUUUUUUUUUUUUUCCCCUGUGGUUACAUUUUACUGCCUGCUAAACGUUUAUAUAACAAUCUAAAAAUAUUAGGGGAUGGGAACUACAUACACUGAGAAAUAAGUUGUAGAAUUGCUCGUAAGCACAUAGAACACAAGUGCCUAGACAGAGAUUGUACACAAAUAUACUGUAAAAAAAAAUACACUAUGAGAAGGUUAUCACAAAACAAAAUAAGUUGUCAUGUGGCAAAAUUGGGUGCGAGGGCAGAGGAAGUCUGCUUUAGCAAUCACAAAUGAUAAAGGACAAUGUUCCGGAGCUAAACCUGCAUACAUAUGCUGGAAGCUGUUCUAUACGGUUUUAUAUCCUCUGUACUUACGCUGAAGGAGGUGUAUUUGUUGUAAGUCAAUAUUUUAAAAAAGAACAGCUUAUUCGGUCUGUUUUGUUUUUAAUGAAUCCAGUAUUUUGUUCCUGCCAAUGGACUCUCAGGCACCCGUGGUGUGAGAGGACAGUGUUGAACCCUGUAGCCUCGUGUGCGUUUUGUAUUUUGUUUACUAUUGCCCCCGGCCUCAGUGGAGUUUUUGAGUGCGUUGCUUUUGAGUCUCUUCGGUCGUAUCAUGUUUGAAUCAGUCUCUCUCAGCUCCCCAACACCACUGAAAAUGUGAGCUGUUCGUUGUCUGAAGUGUUUUUUUUUUUUUUUUUUUUUUUUAAAUAAUACGCUGCGUUUGUAUGAUAUUGGUAGGUCAUCUCCGUGAUCCACAGUCCCUGCCUCACCCCACGGAGUCUGUCGAGACUUCUUUUUUUUAUAUUUAUAUGUAUUUAAAGAUCUGUCUGUGAAUUGUCAGGGUGGGCAGUGGGUUGGGCCGACUCUCCGUAAUUAUGUGUGUGUGACAGACAGGAUGCUGAAGGAUCAUUAGAGAGUGUGGCAGCAAAUGAGGAGAGGAGGAAGCGGUGAGCUUUCUCCUGCUGAAGAGCUGAAGAGCUCGCUUCAUUUCUCAUGCAUUGGAUUUUGUAGUGAAUACAAUUUUGAAUAU